AGAAACGAUGUUCACUGUGAUGACCCGCCAACCAUGUGAGCAAGCAGGUUUCAAGGCCCUCUCCCGAACUCCAGCCAUCAUCACCUUGGUGGUCUUGUUUGUGAGUGUUGUGGUACUGGUAACUAUCACACUCAUCCAGGUCCAUCACCCAGAGAUCCUUCCUCCAGGACUGAAGUAUGGAAUUGUGCUGGAUGCCGGGUCUUCCAGAACCACCGUGUAUGUGUACCAGUGGCCAGCAGAGAAGGAGAAUAAUACUGGAGUGGUCAGUCAAACCUUCAAAUGCAGUGUGAAAGGCUCUGGAAUCUCCAGCUAUGGGAAUAACUCCCAAGACGUCCCCAAAGCCUUUGAGGAUUGCAUGCUAAAAGUCAAGGAGCAGGUCCCACUGCCCCUCCACAGAUCCACCCGCAUCUACCUGGGAGCCACGGCUGGAAUGCGCUUGCUGAGGUUGCAAAAUGAAACAGCAGCUAAUGAAGUCCUUGCGAGCAUCCAAAGCUACUUCAAGUCACAGCCUUUUGAUUUUAGGGGUGCUCAAAUCAUUUCUGGGCAAGAGGAAGGGGUGUAUGGAUGGAUUACAGCCAACUAUAUAAAGGGAAAUUUCCUGGAGAAGAACCUGUGGCAUAUGUGGGUGCAUCCCCAUGGAGUGGAAACCACAGGAGCCUUGGAUUUAGGCGGUGCCUCUACCCAGAUAUCCUUCGUGGCAGAAGAAGUGGGGCUGAACACCAGUGACGUCGUGCAGGUGUCCCUAUAUGGCUACACAUACACGCUCUAUACACAUAGCUUCCAGUGUUAUGGCCGGAACGAGGCUGAAAAGAAAUUUCUGGCAAUGCUCCUGCAGAAUUCUCCCAAUGAAACCAAUCUCACCAAUCCUUGUUACCCGAUGAAUUACAGCACCACCUUCACCAUGGGCCAGGUAUUUGGCAGCCUAUGCACAGAGAAGCAGAGACCAGAAAGUUACAACACCAAUGACAUCAUUUAUUUUAAAGGAACUGGGGAUCCAUCAUUGUGUCGGGAGAAAGUGGCAUCCAUAUUUGACUUUAAAGCUUGCCAUGGACAAGAAGGUUGUUCUUUUGAUGGGAUUUAUCAACCAAAAGUUCAAGGGCCAUUUGUGGCCUUUGCAGGAUUCUACUACACAGCCAAUGCUUUAAAUCUUUCAGGGAGCUUUUCCCUGACUGCCUUCAACUCCAGCACCUGGGAUUUCUGCAAACAGACUUGGAAUGAGCUCCCAUUCCUGCUUCCCAAAUUUGAUGAGGUCUAUGCUCGCUCCUACUGCUUCUCUGCUCACUAUAUCUACCAUUUGCUUAUAAAUGGAUACAAAUUCACAGAGGAGACUUGGCCUCAGAUACAUUUUGAAAAAGAAGUGGGGAACAGCAGCAUAGCCUGGUCUCUGGGCUACAUGCUCAACUUGACCAACCAGAUCCCAGCUGAAAGUCCCUUGAUCCGCCUCCCCAUACAGCAAUCCAUCUUUGUGAGCAUCCUCGCCUUCUUCACAGCGACAGCCUUGCUGUGCCUGGCAUUUCUUUUGUAUCUGUGUUCAAUGUCCAGGACAAAGAAGCGCUCCGAGCAUGCCUUCGACCAUGCAGUGGAUUCUGAGUGA